AUGGCCGCUGCCGGUAAGAGGAACCUGGCAGAUCUGAGCCUAGAUGAGUUCCUUGCCGCUGGCUCUGAGUCAGAGCUUGAGAACUGGGAGGAGGAGGAGGAGAAGGCCACUAGACACACCAAGAGGGCUGCAGCGCAGAGGCAGCAGAAUAGGAAGACACAGAAUGGGAAAGCACAGAAUGGGAAGGUGAAACAGCCACUCCAGGCCACACCAACUGCCAGGAAGAAGGGGAAAGCCUCUGAACACAAAGAUCAGCUCUCCAGGCUGAAGGAAAAAGAUCCUGAAUUUUACAAGUUUUUGGAGGAAAACGACCGCAAGUUGCUGGAUUUUGAUGCCUCAGACAGCUCUGAUGAGGAGGAGCCACUGCAUGUCCCACCUGAUAAGCUGGAGGAAGCAAGUGAUGAAGAUGAAGAAGAGGAGAAGGAGGAGGAAAGAGUCAAACGGAAGAAAGCUUCUUACGUCCCUGUGAGCUUGAAAAUGGUUGAAGAAUGGAAAGAAGCUGCAGAGGGAGGCUUAACACCAAAACUUUUCCAUGAGAUCACUCAAGCCUUCAAAGCAGCUGUAGCAACCACCAAAGGAGACAGUGGUGGGGCUGAUCCCAGCAAGUUCCAAGUCACUGAUGCUGCAGUGUUCAAUGCCCUUGUGUCCUUCUGCAUCCGGGACCUCUUCCGCUACGUCCAGAAGCUGCUGUUUCCAAAACCCCCAAAGAACAAACAAAAAAUGAUUCUCCCUUCCACCAGCCCACUUUGGAGCAAGCUGCGACUGGAUGUAAAAGCUUACCUGGGCUGCACCAUAAGACUCCUGUCCUGUUUAACAGAAGCCUCAGUUGGUGCAGCAGUCCUUCAGCAUGUCAGCUCCAUAGUGCCAUACUACUUGUCCUUUCCAAAGCAGUGCCGUGUCCUUCUCAAGCAAGCUAUCAAUCUGUGGAGCACAGGUGAGGAGACAGUGAGAGUGCUGUCCUUCCUCGUGCUGAACAAGAUCUGUCGCUACAAGAAAGAGUUGUACCUCAGCCCCUUGCUCAAGCAAAUGUACAUUGCCUUCGUGAAGAACUCCAGGUUCACCUCUCCCAACGUCCUGCCCAUGAUCAACUUCAUGCAGCGCACGCUGACGGAGAUGUUCGCCCUGGACACCCACACCUCCUACCAGCACGCCUUCAUCUACAUCCGCCAGCUCGCCAUCCACCUGCGCAGUGCCAUCACCCUCAGGAAGAAGGAGAACUUCCAGUCUGUGUACAACUGGCAGUAUAUCCACUGCCUGUAUUUCUGGUGUCGAGUUCUCAGCACCAUCUACCCCAGUGAGGUCAUGGAGCCCUUGAUCUAUCCUUUGACACAGGUCAUCAUUGGCUGCAUCAAGCUGGUGCCCACAGCUCGUUUCUACCCUCUGCGCAUGCACUGCAUCCGUGCCCUCACACUGCUGUCUGAGAACACCAGGACCUUCAUCCCAGUGCUGCCCUUUAUCCUGGAGGUUUUCCAGCAGGUGGAUUUCAACAAGAGGCCAGGACGGAUCAGUGCUAAGCCUAUCAACUUUGCAGUCAUCUUGAAGCUGUCCAAUGCCAACUUGCAGGAGAAGGCCUUCAGAGAUGGACUCAUUGAGCAGCUUUAUGACCUGCUGCUUGAGUAUCUCCAUUGCCAAGCCUACAGCAUUGGGUUCCCAGAGUUGGUUCUCCCCACUGUCAUUCAGCUGAAAUCUUUCCUGAAGGAUUGCAAGAUUGCCAACUACUCCAAGCCCAUCCGACAGCUCCUGGAGAAGCUGCAGGAAAAUUCUGCCUACAUCUGCAGCAGGCGUCAGAGAGCUGCUUUUGGUGUGGCCAGCAGGGAGGCUGUGGAGCAGUGGGAGAAGCAGGUCAGAGAGGAGGGGACACCUCUGACCAAGUAUUACUCUCAGUGGAGGAAGCUAAGAGAGAAGGAGAUACAACUGGAAAUCAGUGGCAAAGAAAGGCUUGAAGACCUGAACUUCCCAGAAAUAAAGCGCAAGAAGCAGGAUGAAAGGAAACAGGAAGAUAAGAAGGAAUUCAAGGACCUCUUUGAGCUGGACACUGACUCUGAGGAGGAGAAUGUUGGAUUCCCUAUAAAAGGUAAAGCCCAGGGCAAGCAGGCAUCAGAUGACAGUUCAGAAGCAAGCAGCAAGGAGUACGGCGAUGAUGAUGAUGAUGAUGAUGAAGAAGGGAAGUAUGAAAUCGAGGAGGAUGAAGAGGACCUGGAAGAAGACAGUGACUCAGAGGAGGAAGGCAAGGAAGCUGCUGGGGUUUCCCAAGGGUCAAAGAAGCAGAGGAGCUGCCCUCGGGGGCUGUCACAGUCUGACCUCCAGCAGCUAGCCCAGGGAGAAGAGGACAUUGUGGAGGACUUGGCUUUCUCUGAUGAUGACUGAGCCCCCCCUGACAGAGCUGCUGCCAUCACCUAGCCCUCAGCACCUGCAGCUGGUGGUAAGAAAGAGCCAAGGGACAUGGCAGGGGGCAGGCCAGCCCCGGGUGCCAGCACAGUGACACAGCAGAGAUGCUCUUUGGA